AUGCCUUACGAAUCCCCAGAUGGUGUAUACUGCAGAAGGUGCGUCCCUCCCCGUUGGUUUUCGUCGAAGCGACAAAUUUAUGAGCACGGCAUCCACGAUCACGACCAGAAGCCUUUGGAAAGAAAGAAGAAGGCGAAGCGGAGCGUCGCCGCCAGCGACACGGCACUCCUCAGAUCCCCAUCGACGCGGCCGCGACCGUCCGCGUCCACUCGACGCGACGCGGAACGGAUGAGGAGACGUCGCAUCUGCAGCCACUGCGGAAAGGAUUUCCCGAGUUACGACAGCCACCGAUUCCAUUUGUACUCGCGCCACGGAGACGAGAAGUCGGGCUGCCCGUGCCUCGACUGCGGAGAAUGGUUCAGCCGCAACAAGUUCCUCGCCGACCAUCGUCCCAACUGCCCACAGCUGCUCCUGCGAGACGGGAAGCUCCUCGACGCAGAGCUCCAGUUUCUCGAAUGCAGCCGGUGCGACAAGCCCUUCAAGAAGGUGAGUACCUUGAUCAGGCACAAGAAGUACCUCUCCCACUUCCACGGUGACGAAACGGUUGUCGCGCCACCCAUCACCCCAUCGCAGAAGCCGACCGACAACCCAAACGUCAAGAAGCAAUGGGAGGACAAAUUUCAAAAUUUCACCAGUGAAUGGAACGAUCGAGUUGGACCACACCCACAAUGAUGCUAUCAAACCGAGUACUUGCAGGUUUAUUAAUUGUAUAUGUUCCAAAUCAACGGUUGGCCGUAUACGGUCAUGGUUACCUGGACCAAAUAAUAAAUGACGGUAUGCCUGAGCGCUGAGACCUGGCUGAAACUCUUUCUUUCGGAGAUUUGUCCCAGUAAACGACUUCGGCUAUCGGCUAAGUUAUAACGCCGUUCGUAAGGAGAUUUCUUUCUUAUCCAUUCUGAUCGCUAUAACGCCUGAAUUAUUAAAAAAAAAAAGAAAA